AUGCCAAGAUUCCCAGCUAAGAGAAGCAUGAGAGCUCCUCGGAUGCGUUGGACCACCACUCUCCAUGCCCGUUUCGUUCACGCCGUUGAAUUACUCGGCGGACAUGAAAGGGCAACACCUAAAUCAGUUCUUGAACUCAUGGAUGUUAAAGAUCUCACCUUGGCUCAUGUUAAAUCCCAUUUACAGAUGUACAGAACAGUGAAGACAACCGACAAAGCAGCAGCUUCUUCAGGACAAUCUGAUGUCUAUGAGAAUGGAUCUUCAGGAGAUAAUAACUCAGAAGAUUGGAUAGAGGCACGUUUGCAUGGGAAACUAAUCGAUAAUGUUGCAGAAAUUAUGCUACCUUCUGAGAAGGAAAUAGAUGGGAAGUGCUCAAGUUACGAGAGGAUAUCAUCAGAAGAAAUGAGCUCAUCAAGCAUAUCGGGAACAAGCCCCUUCAAGCCUAGUCUUGAAUUUACUCUGGGUCGAUCUCUCUAA